AUGCCUCUUCUGAGGAAAAAGUCGCCUGAAAAUGGCACCAAAACUAAGAUACUCCGUCGUCUUGGGAACAGCGAAAAAUACCAGCUGGCGAUGUAUUUGCUGGAUCACUAUCGUGGCACUAUUGUUUCAUGUCGAUACAGAUUGCCUUACCCAUUCCCAUUCAUACUUCAACGUAAAGAUCUGAUAAAUAUGAUUCACACUGCCAUCGCCAUAGCCAUCUUGAGGAAUCGAAUUUUGCAAGUCGGCGUUGCGAACGCAGAUUCAAACGCUCCUCGGUGGGUUCAACUAGAAAGUGUUCGUUUAAGCAAUCACAUUGAAUUCGGGUUCUUCGAUGAAAACGAUGAAGAUAUUAGUAAAGCCUUGGAUGCUAUGAUCGUCCAUGAGCUAGAUGCCAAGUUUCCCGAACUUGACAAGCGUCCAGGAUGGAGAGUUAUCGUGCUAUGGCAGCAGGGCAUUUAUUUCGUGGAGUUGAUAUUCAUAUUUAGCCGUUUUCAUCACGACGGUAUGAGUGGAAAGGUUUUCCACCAAAAUAUUCUAGAAUACCUCAACAACCAAAACGGACCCAACGCACACCAUGCGCGCCAGUUCAUAGACGGCGAUAUCCUAAAACUACCCAAGUCAUCUCUUAGACUUCCCCCGCCGAUUGAGAAGGUCACAAAGUUCUCAAUUACACCAAUAUUCGCUAUCAAGACGCUCUGGCAGGAACUCAAACCAUCCAUCUUCCACAGAGAAGCAUCUCUAGCAAAGUGGGUACCAAUCCAAAGCACACCUUCCAAGACCAACAUCCGCACCUUCACCAUAGAAGCCCCCGAAGUUCUCAAAAUCCGCACCGCAUGUCGCGAACACAAAACCAGCAUAGCCGGUCUCCUGCACGGCCUCAUGCUCGCCUCACUAGCCUCACAUCUUCAUGAGGAAACAGCAAAGGCGUUUAAGAGCAUUACGGCAAUAAACCUCCGGCCCUUGAUCCCAUCAAGCCCGUCGUUCGAGGCAGAUCAGGCAAUGGCGAAUUACACAACGCACAUGUCUCACACCUUCGACGAGGAACUCGUGAGGGAAAUGCGUCCGACCCUCGAUCUCUCGAUCGAAGGAUAUCCCCCCUUGCCCCCCGACGCGUUAGACCAAGUCUGGCUCGUGUCCGCGCAGGUUCAGCGCGAGAUACAACGGAAGCUGGAUCGGGGGAUGAAGAACGAUAACGUGAGACUCAUGCGGUGGAUCCCUGACUGGAAGAAGCAGAUAAGUCGCGCGGCGCGGCGGCCGCGGGUAUAUUCCUGGUUUGUGAAUAAUGUGGGCGAGGUCGACGGGAGGACGUUCGGGACGCCGUGGGAUGGCGGUGGUAUCCAGACGUGGAAUAUCAUCCGCUCUCAAUUUGUUAUGAGUGCAAAGGUUAAUAGUGCUGCCUUUGUUAUCUCGCUGGUCACGACAAAGGGCGAGGAGUUGUGUGUUUCGGGGAGUUGGCAGGAGUGUGUCAUGGAUGAUAAACUGGCGCAUGGGGUUAUAUGCGAUUUGGAGACGUGGUUGAAUCAGAUAGCAUCCGAGGAGCCAUAG